CACGACCUCUCUCUACCUUACGUGGUUCUGCACAUGACCUUCGCUGGCUGGCCGCUUAGUAGCGCUACGCUGGAGAGCCCAUUGCAGCUGUGGUCGGUGGUGCAGCAGGUGGCGCUCACCCUGGCCGUGGCGGAAGAGGCGCUCGAGUUCGAGCACCGAUCCCUGAGCGAAGACCACGUGCUCGUCAAGAAGGCGCACCACGACGUGCUCUCCUACAGGCUCAACGGGCGCGUGCUGCACGUGAACACUUUCGGCGUGCAUGCCUUCCUCGUCGACUUCUGCGCGUCCCGCCUGAGACCACGCGGAGACGUGAAGCCCUUGUUCACCGACCUGAAGAAAAUGCCGAGGAACAAGUGCGAGGCCAUGGGGGAGACGUUCUUGAAGAUCUGCAACCUCGUCGGCGAUGAGCCCUGGCUGUACUGCCCCAAGACGAACGUGGCUGCCCUGGAAGGGCUGACCAGGAGUCUGGCCAAGAGGUUCGAGAGCCGCUUCGCCGCAGCCGUGGACGAGGCCGAGCAGGAGGCAUGGUGCGACCUGUGCUUCUGGCUGGACGAGAUGCCCUACUGCGCCAGCGCCACAGAGCUCGCUCUGCAGAUGGCCAUGUAGACAGGGUCACGUUUAGGCUUAGCAGUGACACGUCGUCUGGCCGUGUCUUCGUCGAGGAAGCGCGAGGCUCAGCUAGCACUCGAGCAGUUGUUUGCAAAUUAAAGAGAAGAAGCUGUGCUCAUCACUUCCAUCGGGAAAAGAUAAUCCUAGGCGGCAAAAGGCUCGCUCUAGAGGCAGCGAGGGUAUAAAACGCGUGAAGUGCUGACAUACUUAGUAUUGGCGACAUUCCUCGGGUGUUACUGUAAUCACGAUAGACAAAUGUGACAGCGCAUAAAUACGGCAGUGCACAGAUGUUCGUUUAAUAGUAAGAACACCCAAUCGAUUUUGAAGAUGAAGCGAAAAAAAGUUCCAGCGAAUUCUGUUGAUUUCGUCAACUUUGUUGCGACUGGCAGCAGUUGCUCUGUCGAGAUUGCGCCUGUAGAGAAGCUUUACAAAUA